AUGUUCCACCGCGAACGUCCGGAGAAGGAAUACACCCCUUUGUACGCCAAGUACGGCCUGGGCACAACCGCAUUCUCUGCACUGCAGGGCGGACUGCUGACGGGGAAGUACAACGACGGCAUCCCAGACGGCACGCGCUCGCCACCGUGCCCAUGUUCCUGCGGGGCGACGGAGGGUCCCCAGGGCGAAGAGCUGCUUUGGAAAGUGCGUCUCCUCAGCCAAAUUGCUGCGGGUGCGUCGUUUCUCCCCGACUUGCUGAACUCUGGGCGGAACCCGCUGGCGCUCGCGUGGGUUGCGGCGCACCGCCACACUUCCACAGUCAUCCUCGGCGUGUCCUCCGUCGCACAGCUCGAGGCGAACCUCGGCGCGCUUGAGGUCCUGCCCAAGCUGGAUGCUGCGGUGUUGGCGCGGAUCGAGGCUGUGUUGGGUAACCACCCGCAGGAGCCGGAGACGUAUGGUCGCCCGCCGCUGGAUCAGGGCAUCCUUUGA